AUGUCGAUCGCUGCAUCGGAGGGCGAGUCCUCUCUCUCUGGGGAUGACGACCCGUCUGCGUUGCCCCCUUCGGGUGUGGUAGCGUUGUCCGAGCCAGACCCAGAGAUGACGGCUAUGCCAUUGGUCCCGCUGGCACGGUCUCGCGGAGCCUGGCUAGCGCUCCCCACCAGUGAGUCCAAGAGAAUUCCAGAGAGAAUUUUUUUCCUUGUUGGAAAAACAGGAGAUGGAAAAAGCAGCACUGGAAAUACGAUUCUUGGAAAACAAAAAUUUACCUGUGCAUCUUCACCUAAUUCAGAACCAGCAGCUUAUUCCUCAGGAGAAAAAAUGGUUAAUGGAAGAAAGAUCAAAGUUAUCGACACAUAUGGAAUCUAUGACACAAAGGUUGAUGAGGACUUUAUCAAAGAAAACCUAAUUAGAUCUCUGGUUGAAUGUGCUGCAGGUGUUCCUGUUUUAACCAUUGUUCUGAAAAUUGGAAGAUACACAUCACAAGAAGAGAAGAUUAAGGAAAAAAUAUGGGAAUAUUUCUCAGAAUGUAAUCUGAAACAUUCAGUGAUCUUAUUCACUCACGGUGAACAGCUAGAAGGUCAAACAAUAGAGGAAUUUGUGAGGAAGAGUCCAAAACUACAGGAAAUCAUUGAUAAAUGUGGAGGUCGCUGUCACGUCAUUGACAACAAAUACUGGAAAAGGCGUUGGUGGGGAUACAGAAGCAACAGGGUCCAGGUAAGAAAUCUGAUGAGGACCAUUGACAAGAUGGUGGAAGAGAAAGGCUGCUAUACCAAUGAGCUGUUUCAGAUGGUGGAGGAAGAAAUUCAACAGGAGAUUGAGAAUAUAAAGGAGAUUGAUUUGUCUCCAGAAGAGAAGAGAGAAAAAGCUAAGCAUAUUGUUUUGAAAAAACUUCUGAUUAGGUUUGCAGGAGUGACAGCAGGGGCACUAACAGGUGCUUUUCUGGGCAUGGGCGUUCCAGUGGCAUCCCUUGUGGCAUUGCUGAAAGGAAUAAAAAAUGAGACAGCAGCUGCUUGUGAUGGAAAAGAAGACAAAGCAGCAGUAGCAGCAGCAGGAGGAGGAGCAGCAGCAGUAGGAACAGCAGCAGUAUCUGCAGUGGCUGGAGUGGUGGAGGCAGUAAUAGCAGCAGAGGCAGGAGCAGCAGUAGCCACAGCAGCAGCUGCAGGAACAGUCACAGCAGUGGAAGCAGGAGUUGCAGCUGGAGCAACAGCAGCAGCAGCAGGAACAGUAGUGGCGGAGGCCGGAGUUGCAGGUGCUGGCAUUGGAGCCGCAGCAGGUUCAGGUAUUGCUGCAGGGGUGAUAUUUGGAGCUGCAGCUCUUGCAGGAGCGAUCGGAGGAGGAGUCACUGGAUACAAAGCAGCAUCAGAAGCUGAUUCUGUGCUUGAUGCCGUUAAGAUUGCAGCCAAAGCCAACUAUGAGAAUGUGAAAGGUGUUGUUGAAAAGGCAGAACAACUCCCUGCUAAUGUUCGUAAGAAAUGGAAAAAAUAA